AUGAUUUCAGUUUCCAUGGGUCGUAAACAAGGAAAAGUGAAAUUUUUCAAUUGUCAAAAAGGCUAUGGGUUUAUUAUUCCUAACGAAAUUAUCGGUGAUAAUAGUAAAAUAGAAGAAGUUUUUGUGCAUUAUUCUUCGAUCUAUAAAGAUGGAGAAUUUAAAAGUCUUGCAGAGGGCGAAGAGGUUGAAUUUGAAUUGAUGCGAGGACCUAAAGGAUUUCAAGCUACUAAUGUUGUGGCAAAUGUUGUAGUGACGGUGGAUGUUGAUGGUGAUGAAUAUUAG